GAAAUUUGAAAAAGCUUAUAAAUAUAAUUUUUUUAAUUUGACAUAGAAGAUAACAUACUUUUAUUAAAGUUAGAAAAAUGCCAUUACAAAGGUAUACAAACAAAAUUCCCUGUAAAUCACUUUAAGGAGUCAAAUAUCAUUUUGUAAUGGGAAGGCUAAUAUUUGAUCAGAAUUUUUGAUUAUUGAUUAAAAGGUGCUCCAGAACUUUUUGACUGUGCUCCUAAUUUUUAUUAUUAUUAUUUUUUGUUUAAGAAAAGUAAGCGUAGAGCCCUGUUUAACCACUUUUUAUUAACUUAAAAAUUGAGAAAUUAUUUCAAAUUUAAAUCUCUUACAAAAAUUACAGCAAAAACCAGUUUGAUGUAAGAAUGUGUUUUCAUCAAUAUUUGAGAAAUUAUAUUUGAAUAAUACCAGUGUGAACUCCAUUGACUUCAGUGGAUUUAAUAAAAUUCCUUUGAACACAACUGCUCAAAAUGGUCUAAAUUUAUGAAACCUACACAUUAAAAACCUCAUUACUCUGAAAUUUUUAAUGUAAAUGUUAAGUGUAAGUAAAAUGUUAAGUACUGUAAGAGGUCUUUCAUAAUGCUACACAUGCUGGCAUGUGGAUUUGAUAGGCGCUUGAUAUAAAAUAAAUGGUGCUUUAAAAAGUCCUUGAAAGUCCUUCAAUCUGGUGUUCAUGAAAGAGUGGGAACCCUCUUCUGUACUAAAAUGAUCCUUACAGAAAAUGUAAAGAGAUUAUGAGAUGUUUCACUAUAGCUUCUUGAAGCCUUUAAUUUUGUAUGACUGAUAAGUUGACUUCACUCUGAUCAUCACCCCUAACUUUCUCCACUGACUCUUGUUCAGACUAACCACUGUCAGUUUUCCACACUCUUCUUUGUGCCACAUGGACAUAAGCAACAAAGAAAUCAUGAGAUGGAUGUGAAACAUGGAUAACAGCCUAUAUGAGUUGUAUUUAAGUCCUCACAGCUAGCUAGAUGCUAUUGCACUUUACUGUUUAUUACAAUUCAUUUUAGUUUACUGUUUUUCUUUUGUAAGCUGCAAAUAUAUGUGCAAUGUGAUCACAUUAAAAUUCAUGUAUUAAGUUGUAGGUCAACAAGCCAAAAUUGCAUUUUAGCUUAAUUCAGUAAAUUUAUGAUCAUAAUUAUAUGCACCUACCAAAGGUGUACUAAAAUGUUAUAUGUUAUAAAGAAAAGUAGAAAUGUCAUUCUUACAGACAGAGCUGAGUAGUAACUGAUUACAUUUUUAUUUGAAUUAUCAUUCAGUAGGUUAUUUAACCAUGUAUUACUGUCUUUGGAGGGCUUUUGACUUUCAAAUGAAUUAAAAUGCACAAAUUCAGGUUAUUUCUUAUUUACAUGUAAUGCAGGCAACUUUUUUGUCAUCUGAAUCUCUUUCACCUUAUAUGUUUACUUGAAAGUACCCCUUUAUGAUUUAUUAGCUUUUCUUUAAUCUCACUAACACCCUUUUCAUGACUUUACAAUUUAAACGUAUUUCUGUGUAUGUGUGCUAAUUUCAUAAUUUUGUUAGUAUUGUAUUUUAUUGUCAUUGUAUCGUUUGUCUAAAUUGAAUGUCGUGUAGUGAUGGGAGAAAUGAACCUUUUCGAAGCUUCGAAUCAAUUUAACUUAUUGCUUAGCAAAAUUAUAAAUAGUUUGAAGCGCUCGAAAAACACCACACGCUAAUGAUGCCUGCUGGUCAAAACUGUGUGAAUGCAACAAAAACUCAGGCCAAAGCAUAAAUAAAAAUAGCUUUUACAAACCCAUUGCAAAUGUUCUCUUGAAAGUAUAAUACAUUAAAUGCAACUGAAAUAAUAAAAUACAAUUAAAUAUGAAGUGUCUGUAUAAUAUGUUUUUAAUAAUUAUUAUUAAUUAGCUUGUUUUGUUUGUUUUAUGGAGAGCUUGUCUAAAAAACAGGCCUGUAAGAGGCUAUUAAAUACUACUCAUUCUUUAAAUUACACACAAGUCUCAUUAAAAAGUCUACAAAGUCAUAAAACUGAUCUGAGAUCAUAAUAAUAAAUGCAUAGAUAAUCAUAACUGACACACACAAACACAAUUAGGCCUAAUCAAUACUGUAUGGUGUUUAUUUUCUGCAGGCUGAGGGAUUGUGGCAUCAGUUAUGAAAGUUGUGCAGUUCUAGCUUUAGCUCGGAGAUCAAACCCCUCACACCUGAGAGAACUGGAUCUGUCUUUAAAUACAUUUGGAGACACAUGAUUAUGGAGUUUAUAUGUUGAUCUGGAGAAUUCUGACUGUAAUCUUGAGAUACUUAAGCAAGAUCACCACUCACCACAUUUGUCAAGACAGAACCAGCCAUUUUACCCAUUAAAGAAGAACUUUGGAAGAAGAAUUUCAGUUUCAUCAUGAAUCCAAGCAGUUCACAUAGUUUCUCAGAGCUGAGGAUUCUCCUUUUGGGUCCAAAACUUGCGGAGAAAAGUUCAGUAGGAAACACUAUCCUGGGCAAAAAGGAGUUUGGAUUGAAGACUUUGCAAUGUAUGAAGGGAAACAUUGAAAGAGCUGGCACAAAGAUCACUGUGGUUGAUACUCCAGGCUGGUGGAGAAAUUUACCCUUUGAAGAAAACCCUGAACUGUACAAACAGGAAAUUAUCCUGAGUGUGACAAAAUGUCCUCCAGGACCUCAUGUGCUGCUGCUGGUCUUAAAUGUAGACACACCGUUUAAAGAAAACGAAAAAGACAUUCUAUGUGGUAACAUGAAAUGUUUUGGUCAUGAAGUGUGGAGGCACACUAUGGUGCUGUUCACCUGUGAAGAUCAUCAUACAACCGCUCAACAGUUUAUUGAGAAUGAAAAUCUCCAGUGGCUCAUUAAGAAAUGUGGGAACAGAUUUCAUGAGCUUGAUACUGAAAACUGGGGCGAUGGAUCUCAAGUCACGGAACUGCUUAAGAAAAUACAGGUGAUGGUGGAAGGAAACGGAGACAGACAUUAUGAAAUAAACAGAGAGACUUUGCAGCAGGUGGAGGAGAAGAGGAGAGAACAGGAAAAGAGAGCAAACGAAAGAAGGAUCAGAAAUCAGCAACUGAAAGAUGAGACAAAAACAACCGAAAAUAAGCAUCCCUUCUCAGAGCUGAGGAUGGUGCUCCUGGGUUAUAAUGGAUCUGGGAAGAGUUCAGCAGGAAACACCAUCCUGGGCAAAUCUGCAUUUGAUUCCAAAAGAUCCCUUACAUCUGCAGUACGAGAAGGAAAUGUUGCAGGAAGACACAUCACUAUGGUCAACACUCCAGGCCGAAGAAGAAAUUACCACUCAAAAUACACCCCCAGACUGUAUAAAGAUGAGAUUGUGUUGAGUUCAUCUCACUGUCCUCCAGGACCACAUGCCUUUCUGCUUGUCAUAAGAGUGGACGUUUCUUUCACUGAAGUGUACAGAAAGGCAGUAGAGGAACAUGUUGCUCUUCUUGGUCUCAAUAUCUGGGACCACAUGAUUGUUCUCUUUACCUUUGGUGACUGGUUGCAAGACACAAGCAUUGAGCUGUUCAUUGAGAGUGAAGGAGAAGCUCUUCAGUGGAUAAUAGACAAAUGCGGGAACAGAUAUCAUGUCUUCAACAACAGAAACACAGAAGAUCGCAAUCAAGUGACAGAGCUGUUUGAAAAGAUAGAAGAGAUGGUUGCAAACAGAGGAAGCUGUUUUAUAAUACAGCAUCGGAAUUUGCAAGAGGUACAGUUCAAAAGGAUGGAAGUUGAGAAAUUAGCAAAACAGAUGAAGGCUGAAGUUCAAAAAAGAAAUGAAUUGAGACAUUCAACAUCAGGAGAUGCUGAACUUUUUGAAAUGAGGUUGGUGUUGCUUGGACCUCACUAUUCUGGCAUAAGUUCAACAGGGAACACAAUUUUGGGAAGGCAAGUAUUUGACAGAAGAAUCGAAGAGAAUCUAAGUAAUAAUGGGGAAGUGGCCGGGAGGAAGCUCACUGUGGUUUGUACACCAGGUUUUGAGAAAGAUUUCCUUAUUGGAAAAAGACUUGAGGAUGUUAAACGAAACCUUCUGAAAAGUGUAGCAGAACAGUCUUCUGGAACGCAUGCUUUCAUUUUAGUCCAGAGUGUUGACUGUUCCUUUGCAGAGGAAGAGAAAGGUGCAUUAAAGAAAAUCAUGGAGCCUUUCGGUGAAGGAAUCUGGAAUCACAUAUUGGUUCUCUUCACUGCUGGAGAUGAACUAGGAGAAACUCCCAUAGAGUUAUUUAUUGCAAGUGAAGGUGACACUCUGCAGUGGCUCAUUGAGAAAUGUGGGAACAGGUAUCAUGUUCUCAACACUAAGAACUGGAGUGAUGGAUCUCAGGUCACAGUUCUCCUGGAGAAGAUCGGAGAGAUGGUGGCAGGAAAUGGAGGAUGUCCUUUUAGACUAGAUGAAGGUACUUUAGACUGGAUUGAAAGAACAGUAGCUGUACCCAUUAGAAGAUCACAGAGUAUGGAUGAUCCAUCAAGUUUUGCUGGAAAACACAGUUUUUCAUCAGGGAUAGGUUCAGCAUGUGUGUCCCUGAGAUCCCAAGGAGCACCUGAAGAGUCAAGUUCAGAAAAAAGCUCUGGAGUGGAGUCGCUUAGCUCUAUUCCUGAGUUUGACUGAAGCCUGGAUUCAGAUUAAGAUACACAUGCACUCUAACAUUGUCUUGUUUCCUUCAUUUAAUUAGCUUAUACAUUUUUAUUACCUGUUUAGAUCUGUACAUAGAGGACAGAGAAGUAACGAAAAGGUUACUUAUGUUCAGUAAUCGGUAACCUAUCAACAAUCAAAUCUUUAUUGAGUUUAUUUUUUGAGCAUUUCUUAUUUUUUUAAAAUCUACAGGCUUCAUUUUUGUGAAUAUGUCAUUUAUAAGCCGUGCACUGUAUACAGUUCUUCAGUUAAAUAUGAUUUCAAAUUUUGAAAAUCCAACUUUAAAUGGGUUUAUGGAUCUAUGUUUUUGAAUAAGCUCACCAGACUAUUAUAUGACUGAACGCAUGGUGUCACUGUGAUUGGCUGCUCCAACAACAAACAGCUUUUGCAAUUGCACACUUCACCUAGACCGACAAGACUGGUCUUUACUUUAUGUUUUGUACUGUACAUAGCAAUAUCAACAGUAAAAAAAGAAUUGUUGAUAA